AUGUGCUACAAAGUCGUCGAACGCUACUCCGUCUGCAAAUGUCUCUACUUCGAGCACUCGAUUGACCCAUGCUCUGCUUAUGGACAACGCGGUCAUGCAAUACAGGAAAAGACUGUAUUGGUUGGUUAUACUUGUGACAAGCAUUCAGGACGCGGGAUGUGUGCAGUAUCGCCGGGUGCGAGGUGCUGGCGUGAUACCAGGCAUGGGUCUUGGGAUUUGAUCGGAAAUUACUAA